AAAACAUCCAUCAAAAUCACUUCUUUAUGAUGAAUAUGUCUCUAUAAGGAUUGCAAACUAUUUACAAGCAACAAAAUUUCAAGUAAAUCCUCAGCUUAUCAAACAAUUCUUUGAAAACCAAAUUUUUCCUGAACUUCAUAUCGAUCAAGCACAAACAAUUUCUUUAAGCACAGCACAACAUGGUUAUGAAAGAGAUGACAUUGUAGCGUUUUGUCAAAAGUUUUUACAAGAAAUAGAAAAAUAUGAAAAAUUAAUGCCUAAGUGGAAUGAUAUCAAUUGUGAAGUUUGUGAAGAGUUAUAUCUUUUACCUGAUGAGCAGAAACAUAUCUUCAUUACUUAUGAUGAAUAUAGAGAAGGAGAAGCAAGAGUAAUAAUACAAUUUGGUGCAAAUAAUGAUGGAUAUUGGGAUGGAAAAAAAUUAUUACUUCAGCUAAAAAAUGUCAUAACAAUCUUCGAAUGGACUCACUCUGGAUAUAUUGGAGUCUGGGUAUUUGAUAACGUGACAAGUCAUACUGGUAUGGCACCUGAUGCACUAGUGGCUGCUAGAAUGAAUCUGAAUCCUGGUGGUAUGCAGUCAAAAAUGAGAGAUACGACAUGGAACGAAAAGAUUCAAAAAAUGACAUAUCCAGAUGAUUAUUAUGAAUCUUUUUUACGAUCACAACCAAAAGGAAUAAAGACUAUUCUUAUCAAGAGAGGUCUUUGA